GGCAUGCCGGCCCACGCCACACACGCCGGCCAGUGUUUUGUUUACAUUUACAUUCGUUGUGAAUUAUUUGGUUUUGUCGAUUUUAUGCUUAUUUAGCAUUAGUAUAAACGUCUCUGCCCAAGUCCGCAAUCCUCGUUUAAAAGAGAACCAGUCUACACGCUAAAAGUUAUCGACGAAAACAGAUUUGCCACUGGAGAUGACAAUGGCACAGAGAAACGUAAUUAAGUGUGGGAUCUGCGACAAAAGGAUGCAAUACUUUCCUUGAAAGAAUCAGAAGAGAAGAGACAAUAACUGACAUGGUGACUAAAUGAGUCAUGGAGAUUCCUUGUUUUUUCCUCUGUCGAAGGAAUGAUCACAACCAUCGACCUCCACAGCAGGAAGCUGCAUGUUCAGUCUGAGUUAUACGAGUGCGAGUUUGGCGCUGGUGAAGCAGGAUAGAAAGCUGGUAGUGGGCUCGAGCAAAGGCACAUACUACUUCUUCGACUGGGGCUCCUUUGGCUAUCACUCGGAUGAGUUUCCGGGGCCAAAGAACCCCAUCAACUGCUCGAAGUCGAUCACGCAAAACAUCUUUGUCAUCGCCCACGCAGACGGAGUCUUAAGAGCGACACACUUGUUCCCGCAUAAGCAACUUGGCAUUGUCGGCACACACCUGUCGUCGACCGUGGAAAGCAUGGACGCAUCUGGCGACGGUGAGUUGAUUGCGACAAGCGGCUUUUCUAACGUGAUCCACUUAGACGGCCUGGUCGUGUCCGAGAGGGAGAAGAACGACAAGAAGGUGCUCAAACACAACCUGCCCUCGUCUAAUGUACGAAACGCCGGCGACUUUUUCCAAGACAUGGCGUGAACAAAUGAUUAUGCCUUUAUGAAUAGAGUGGUACAAUUAUUUAGGAACUUGACAUUUUUAAUAUUGACAGCGUCCUUUUACGUUUAUAAAGCAAUAUGCAUUUAA